AAGCAGUAUAGAACAAGCCACAGAAGCUCAAUAGCUUCUCUCUCUGUCAUAUUCUUUUCUUCUCUGAUCUUAUUUUUUGUCAUUAGGAACUGUAAUAGUUAUAGCAGUUCCCAAUGCAGAUCUUCACUCGGCGCCAAGGAGCACUUUUGUGCUUCUGGUUGUCUGUGUUUUUUGUGGUAGUGGGGUUUUGCCAUGGAGAUAGUACAGUGGAGGUAGUAGGACUAGGAGAAUGUGCAGACUGCAAGGAGUACAAUAUUAAAACUAGCCAGGCAUUCUCAGGGCUACGUGUUACAAUAGACUGCAAGGCAGAAAAUGGACACUUCAAAACAAGAGGGGCUGGUGAGCUUGACACAAAUGGCAACUUCAAAGUAUCCCUUCCUCAUGACAUUGUAAAAUCUGGUGAAUUGAAAGAAGAGUGUUAUGCCCAGCUUCACAGUUCAUCAGCUGCACCUUGUCCUGCCCAUGAUGGCCUGCAUGACACCAAGAUUGUAUUCAAGUCAAAAACUGAUGAUAACAAACACACACUUGGCCCUGCUGGGAAACUCAAGUUCUCAUCAAUGACUUGCACUUCAGAAUUUUUCUGGCCUUUCUUCAAACACCCUUUGUUCAGUAAGCUUCCCCAUCCAGAUUUACCCCCUUUCCCUCCUAAAAUCCUUCCACCAUUUCCUCCAAAGUUUUUCCCUAAGCACCCUCUCCUUCCACCAUUUCCACCAAAGGUUUUCCCUAAGCACCCUCUCCUUCCUCCAUUUCCACCUAAGAUUUUCCCUAAGCACCCUCUCCUUCCACCAUUUCCACCAAAGGUUUUCCCUAAACACCCUCUCCUUCCUCCUCUACCUAUCCAUGAAAAACCUCCUCCAGUGCAGGAACCUCUUCCUCCACCUGCCCCUGUCUACAAGGAACCUCUUCCUCCACCUGUUCCAAAGCCACUUCCACCCCCAGUUCCAGAAGAGAAACCACUUCCACCACCAGUUCCAGUCAAGAAGCCAUGUCCACCACCAGUUCCAGAAAAGAAACCCCUUCCUCCUCCUGUUCCAAAGCCACUUCCACCACCAGUUCCAGUCAUGAAGCCAUGCCCACCACCAGUUCCAGAAAAGAAACCCCUUCCUCCUCCUGUUCCAAAGCCACUUCCACCACCAGUUCCAGUCAUGAAGUCAUGCCCACCACCAGUUCCAGAAAAGAAACCCCUUCCUCCUCCUGUUCCAAAGCCACUUCCACCACCAGUUCCAGUAGUAAAGAAGCCAUGCCCACCCCCUCUUCCACCAGUGAAGCCUCUUCCUCCACCAGUGCCAAUAAAGAAACCUCUUCCUCCACCUGUACCAGAAUACAAGAAGCCUCUUCCUCCUCUAAUUCCAAAGCCACUUCCACCACCAGUUCCAGUAUACAAGAAGCCUCUUCCUCCUCCAAUUCCAAAGCCACUUCCACCACCAGUUCCAGUAUACAAGAAGCCACCAUGCCCACCACUGGUUCCAAUCUUCAAGAAACCUCCACUUCCACCACUGGUUCCAAUCUUCAAGAAACCACAUCCACCUUCCAUUCCUAUUUACAAGCCACCAUUCUAUAAGCCUCUCCCUCCUUUCCCAAAGUUGCCUCCUCUCAAGAAGCAUCCACUUCCACCUCUUCCCAAAAUCCCUCCAAAGUACUUCCAUCACCCCAAAUUUCCCAAAUUGCCUCCAUUGCCACCAAAAAGCUUUUUCCAUCACCCCAAGUUUCCCAAAUUGCCCCCACUACCUCCAAAAAGCUUCUUCCAUCACCCCAAGUUAGGAAAAUUGCCUCCACUACCUCCAAUAAAGUUUUUCCACCACCCCAAGUAUGGAAAAUUGCCUCCACUACCUCACAAAAGCUUCUUCCAUCACCCCAAGUUUGGGAAAUUACCUCCACUGCCUCCAACAAAGUUUUUCCAUCACCCUAAGUUUGGCAAAUUGCCUCCACUACCACCUGUUUAAUAAUCCUCUUUCUUAGAAGAUAUUGCUGAGCUACAAUAUUAUGGCUCUUUGUUUUACACAAAAUAUAUGUGCAUGCAUGUUUUCUGUUUUCCUUUUUUUGCUUUCCUAUCAUCAAGGACUUAGGAAACUUAUUGUUGCAAAUAAAAGCCUUCAACUGCAUAUGUGAACAAAAGAUCAGCAUCAAGUGGGAGUGGAGAAAACACAGAAUAGAGAGAUGUUAUUUGAAGAAGUUUGAAGUUUGAUGAAGUUGAGUGUGAUCAAUUGUUGUUCAUGAGUCUAGAUCACAGGAUUUUUUUUUUUUUAAUUCAUAUGUAUAUAAAAUGCGUUAUGAAUAUGAUGGUGUUUCCAUUUCCUA